ACAUUUGCUUCUGAGGUUUUAUCCAAAUGGCAAACCCUUCAUCACAUUAUAUCCAGACGGAACAGGUAAUGUGUUGUAUCUUUUUACUUAAGGGACUCGGGCACCAGGCAAUUUGUACAACAGUUUAGCAAUAAGUUCCUUAGUGAAAACAAAGCUAUCCAUCUGGGAAUGUUGCUAUCAUAAUCUCCUCUGUGGAGGCUGCUGACUUCACCUAUAUAAUCAUGGAGGACAAGGACUUAGAGCCAAACCUUGAGGCCAUGUUUACAACCAGAGGCCAGUCUACGUGCUACCACCCCAAUGGACUUAUAUGGGUGAACCUGACCCAGCUGGGAGGCUCCUGCUGCAGUGAGACCGGGGCUCUGAGACGACGCUGGAACUGGCUGGACCUUGAGCCUCACAUCCAAGCCCCUCCCUUCCAGCCUAUCUGUCUGGUCCUGGGUAGCCACAUCAGCCUCCGCAUCCAGUCCCAGGAACGCAUCUACCUCACGUUCUCCUCUCACCAAAGCAGAGUGCGUUUCAACGUGGGCUCCAAACUCAAGCUAACCCAUCCAGAAGGCCUAGUGAUGCCGGGGCCAGACAUCCUGCUGCAACAUCUCCAAAUGAAAAGCCUGGAGAUUUACACUCUGCUGGACCGGAUGCAGACCUGCAUGGCCUACCAGCACUCGGCCAAUCCCCACAACAUUAAGCCCCAGUACAGCCUCGUUGCCCAGAUGCAGAGACUCAAGAGACAGAUGGAAAAACAGAGCUCGCCCAAAAAGACCAAAGCUCUCAUGGCCUCUAAGGACUUAUAACAACUGACAACUCAAAGCCUGUGUUCUAGAAUACAUCUCGUUGCUAUGAAACCAAUGCAUUUAGCAUUUAUUCUAAUUAGAAAUAAAUACAGUAGCCAUGUGUAGCUAUGCUAAAAUGUUAGAAAAGACAGGUCAUGUUUCUUGUCAGAUACAUUUGGAAUAGAUGUAAUGGUUGGCCCAUUGUGCAAAUUAAGAAAUUAGUCAGCGGUCUAAGGAAAAUGACGAAUGAGGCACCUCAUUCUUCAAUCACAAGUAGGCCUAGAAGAUUCAGUUCAGGUCCCAACAACCCUUGAACCCAACAACCCGUGCAUAGGUUACAGCAGCCGUUUAAUGGUGCUGGUCGGCAGUAGAGCAGCCAGGCAACUUGAAGGAUGUGGAGUAAUGCAGCCGAAUGGACUCGGAGCCCAGGAGAAUCCAGGAAAUCUGCAAACAGGAUAAUAAUGUUUCGACUACUAGUUUUAUACUGACUCGGUGCAGGUAUCAUAGCUAAUCAACUCAGAAUCUUCAAUAGAAAUAGGCCAUGGUAGACAGAACCUUAAUUACUCAUCUGUGCAGUAGCCUGAAGGUCAAAUGAUUGACCAUGACAUUUCUGAACAGUCUCUUCAGAGGAGCUGUAUCUGCAAUGUUAUGCCCACGGCAUUUACAUCAUUUAAGUAAAAAUAAAUCUUGUGAGUUAAUUUAAGAGUUGGCAUAUCAUAUUUUUCCAGAUGUUCUUUUUUUUUAGAAGUAGUAGAAGGGGAAAAAAUACAGUGCAAUGAGUUUUCAUGUCAGUGGCAUAAUGUUGACUUAUCUGAAUGCAUGGACCACAGCUAUGGGAAUGUGUGGAGGUCACAGACCGACUUGGUGGACCAGAGGAGACAUGAGGACAGUAGCCGAGUCAACAUUCAGUCAGAAGAAGGGACUAUAAAACCUGUAGAGGAAUCAGGGCUCCCCUUGGAAUGUGUGGAUACACGUCUUGACUCCGACGUAGCUAGGCGAAACACCGAUGUUUUAGAAGACCCGGAGAUGGAUACGUCCCUAGAUAAUGAAGUGUUGGCUGUACUCAGCAAGGAUCUCAAAACUCCCACAGCUUGCCAAGUAGAAACUAAACAGUCACCAACACAUUUUUGACAUGAGCACAAGGGCAUCCUGCUCGGAUUCGUCAGGGGAGCUCCUGGAAAGUGAGCUGGACUCUAUUACCUGUGAGUACUGCCAGCAGCACAGGAAGCCCCCAGAGACCAGCUAGUCAACAAUACAGACCCAGAGGAGAUGAGGCCUUCACAAACCACAUACACAACUCUCACACACAUCUAAC